AUGGGGAACACACAGUGCUGCCAGUCUUCGGACACUAGCCCCGAUGCCGCUGCCGAAGCCAUGCCAGCGAUGGAGUCUUGGCCGGCCAACCCUGGUAAGUCGGCGCUGGAUGUGCCAACUGUUUCCGGUGGCAACACAGCACAGGAGCGUACGUAUAAAGUGCGACUGGUGAAGAAAGAAGGUCAGAAGUUGGGUCUUGACGUGGACUACAUGGCCGAGCGCAGCGUGCUCCCAAUCUUGGUCAUCUCCGGAGGCAUUGCUGAGAUGUGGAACAAGCAACACCCAGACAAGAAGAUGAACACGGGUGACAGCAUCACCGAAGUUAAUGGCAUCAAAGGAAAUGUCGCCCUGAUGCUGGAGAAAUGCAAGGCAGACCAAACUUUGGAGUUGACCGUUGUUAAGUGCUUGACGUAUGGACAUUUGGUCGCGGACUUGGAGAAGCUGAUGCUGGUGAAGGGGUGUGGCCCCAUCAUGGUCCGACUCUCGUGGCACGACGCCGGCGUAUUUAAUGGGGCUGACGGCUGCCCCAACGCUGCAAUGCGUCUUGCUGGUGGGGGUGAACACGCCUUCGGGGCGAAUGCAGGGCUGCCGCAAGUGGCGAUUCCUCUCUUGCAGGCCAUCAGUGACAAGUACGUGCCAAGACUCAUCUCCCAUUCGGACCUCUGGGCACUUGCGGCCAACGUGGCCAUCAAGGUGAUGGGAGGACCUGACAUCGUGACGCACUUCGGCCGUGUGGAUGCUCAGUCGCCCUCCGAGGGAGCUACUUCUGCAGUCGGGCGACUUCCGGAUGGCGACAAGGAUGCUCAACAUCUUCGCGACAUCUUCCGGCCCAAGGGCUUCACUGACAAGGAUAUUGUCGCCCUGUCCGGUGCGCACACAGUUGGGGCUUGCCAUGCGGAUCGAUCUGGCUUUGAAGGACCAUGGACAGCAGAUAAGCUCAAGUUCGACAACACCUACUUCCAGGACCUGCUGAACAAGACCUGGAGCAUGGAGACGGUCAAGUCGGGGAACAAGCAAUACAGGUCUGGCAAGGAGAUGAUGUUAACAACUGACAUGGCUCUCGUUGAAGACCCCAAGCUCAAGGAGUUCGUGGUCAAGUACGCCUCGAAUCAGGGUGCUUUCUUCGAUGAUUUCAAGGAGGCAUGGGUGAAACUGCAGGAGCUCGGAUGUGGCCAGCUGCGAGACAUCCUCUGA